CCUGUUUCGUCCAACUCCAACACGAACAGCCGCCAUUAGCGAGCAGCGGACGCGGGCCUCGAGCCUCCAACCCUAGCUAGCGACGAGCGGACACGGGGCAAGCAGCAGCGGGCGCCCGGCCAGCCGGCGACAGUGGUGGGGUUGGCCGGCGGCAAGCAGCAGCCCAUGCCCUGUGCCCCACGGCAAGCAUCAUCCACGCCCCACGCGCCAACAACAAGCAGCAGCGGCUGUUGGGCGGCGGACCCUAGCCGCCUAGCGUCUGGAUUCCGUAGCAGCUGCCGGCGCCCGUGCCAGGAGCCGGGAUCCAGGAUCCAGGAGCCACGCUCACACCGCCCGCGAGCUAGUGGCAUCCAGCAAAAUCAAGGGAAUGUAGGAAACCAGAGCCAUUAGCAUCGAUCAGAAGAGACCCUGUGUUGAGCUGGCCCCCGCCAUGCCAUGGGUGGAUGUUGCUAGAUUCUGGGCCUUGGCAAUACAUGGGGUGAUACUAGAAGGUCUCAAGGAAGUAUCUGCAGUUGGUUAUAGUUUCAUCUUGCUGCUGUUAGCUAUUAUUAUAUUUAACGACUGUGAUAUUCAGCACCCAGGCUGGCUAAUUGCUAGUCCCGCCACCUGAUGUCUCAGCUGAGUCUCUGGCGCCGCCACGGUGCCAGGAGAGCCCUGCAAUUACUCCCUCCUUGUAGAUUAUCCUUAUCAUCAGUUACACACUUGAAUCGAGAUCUUAACAGUAUUGACCUCACGAUGGAGGAAGAAGCAUUAGCAGCGCAGAUCAAGGGUUCUCUUUUGAAGGCACGCAAUGGAGAUGUGCAGGAUUUGGUUCAGUCCCUUGGGGUUGACUGUCCGGGAAUUCAGCCUACAAGUAACACUGUGGACAGCUUGUUGUGUAAGUUUGGGGAUGACUGGAAAUCUGCUUUUAGUCUUUUUCAGUGGGCACAGUUGAGUGGCAAUUACAAGCACACGGCAUAUGCUUGUAGUCGGAUGAUUGACUUGCUUGGGAAGAUGAGGCAGAUUGAUCGGAUGUGGGAUCUAUUGUCUGACAUGCACUGCAGAGGCCUUGUGACUGUCGAGACAGCUGCAAAGAGCAUCAGGAGGCUGGCAGGUGCAAGGAGAUGGAAGGAUGCUGUCAUGCUGUUCGAUAAGCUGGAGGACAUGGGGCUGGAGAGGAAUACAGAGACUAUGAAUGUUCUGCUGGAUGUACUUUGCAAAGAAAAGAAGGUUGAAGUAGCACGUAAGGUCUUUCUCGUGCUCAGUCCGCACAUUCAGCCUGAUGCAUACACGUUCAACAUUUUUGUCCAUGGCUGGUGCAGUGCACGUAGAAUCGAUGAGGCAAAGUGGACAAUUGAGGAGAUGAAGGCCCGGGGGUUCCCGCCUUCAGUUAUCACCUACACCGCUGUUCUUGAAGCUUACUGCAAGCAACACAAUUUUAGGAUGGUCGAUGAAGUUCUUGAUUCGAUGUGUUCUGAAGGCUGCCAUCCAAAUGUCAUCACUUACACUAUGAUCAUGACCUCACUGUCAAAAUGUUAUAUGUUUGAAGAAGCUCUGAGUGUAUCUCAUAGAAUGAAGGCCUCUGGCUGUAAGCCCGAUACAUUGUUCUACAAUUCCUUGAUUAACGUGCUUGGUAAAGCGGGCCAUCUGUCUGAAGCUUCCCAAGUAUUUCAAUUGGAGAUGCCAAUGAAUGGUGUGCCCCAUAGUUUGGCUACCUAUAACACCAUGAUAUCAAUCUUUUGCCAGAAAGACCGAGAUGAAGACGCCAUCAAUGUGCUGAAAGAAAUGGAGGCACACUCUUGCAAGCCUGAUCUUCAGACGUAUCGGCCACUUCUCAGACUGUUUUUAAGCAGAAGAGGCCAAUACCAUUCCAUUCGGAACUUGUUGAAUGAGCUGAUCAAUAAACAAAGUCUAUGUUUAGAUGUGGAUACAUACAGUCUUCUGAUCCAUGGUCUUUGCAGGGUGGGUGAGACUGACUGGGCAUAUCAACUGUUUGAAGAGAUGGUUGGUAGUGAGAUAGUGCCUAGGUAUAAAACAUGGGAGUUGCUAUUGAAUGAAGCACAAAGGAAAAACAUGGAGGGUCGUGCCGAAAGAAUUCGAAAUUACAUGACUUGUUUUGGCCUUUCUGUUUAAUUAGAUGAAUUUUAUUCGUACAAGAUUAUUUUUUCUAGUGGUCAGCUCAUAUGAUUAUUUUUCUAAUGGUCA